AUGGCAAUCUACGCCCAGCACUGCAUUGACUUGCAGCCCGAUGAAAUCACCGCCUACACUACCAUCUUGAAACAGCGCGUCGAAGCAGUAGGGCCUCCCCAUGGCCGUUUAUGCAUUCUUAUCGGUGCAGUCUAUGGCCUAGGCACCGUCAGGCAUCAGAAUGACUUUUACGACUUUCGCUACCUUGCUGUUCUCGAUUGA